AUGUUCCAUUUUCUGUUGCAGUUUUAUCAGCUUCUGGAAGCUAGCCAAGUGGCCAAUACCACCCUCGCGUAUCGUCACGUGACCGUGUUCGCGCCCACCAAUCGAGCGUUCCAGAAAUACAGCGAAGGCAGCACGAAGAAUUUGGUUCUCUAUCAUAUGUCGAAUCAGCCCCUGAAGAUGGCGGAUCUUAGGGGCUCGAUAUCGUCCGAGCUCGAGGGCAAUCCGGUCCUGUGGAUCACAAGAAUACCGAGCAAAGCCCCCCACUCGCCGGACAAGAUUUUCAUCAACAACGCGCAGAUUCUUCCCGCCCAGAGCGACUUCCAGUCACGGCUUAAAUUGAGCGACGGCGAGAAGAUUCAGGUGCUUCACGUUAUAGACGAGGUGUUGGAGCCGGUGCGAUUCACCAAUCCGGAAUGGGCGGUUUACAACCCGAACGCCUUUGAGUUUCUGAAUCAGAGCGAGAAUAUCAAUUUGGGCGACCAUCGUGUACGUACUUUCCGACAGCGAGUGACUCUCACGAAGAAGGAGGCUGUCUUCAAGGCCGAGGGUCAUUUCACCUUCUUUAUACCCGUUGACGAGGGUUUCAAGCCGGAACCGAGGCCCGAGAAGAUUGACCACGUGGUGAUCGACGGGCACGUUGUGUCCGACCAGGUGCUCUUCACUGCGCCGACGCCGCACGACGUGCCGUACCCAACCCUCGUGUUUUCGGACAAUUUAAAAGUCACCGUCAGCAUUCAGAAGGAAAACAACAAAGUUUACGUGAGAUCGAACACGGUUGUGGGCGAUACCACUCAUCCGAUCGGAGCGGUGAUGGCAGAAAUAGUGAAGGGCAACAUUCCGGUUCGCAACGGCGUCGUUCACUUGAUACAACGGCCGCUGAUGGUCGUCGACACCACCGUGAAGGAUUUCCUGGAGUCCUUCAAGGGCAUCGAAAAGGAGGACGGACCGGUCUACAAGUUUUACGAGAUCAUUCGCGAUCACGGGGACGACAUCAUGGCCACCAUCAAUCAUCUGCGCGACGUCACCCUGUUCGCGCCCAAUAACGCCGCGCUGGAGCAGCCGAGCGUGAAGCCGAUUCUGCAGGACAAGAAGCGCAUCAAGGAGAUCCUCAAGCUGCACUUCGUCAAAGAGCGACUGCCACUCGACAAGAUCAAGGACAAGACCGGCAGCCAGUCCAAACCAAUGGGAAUGAGGCAACAGCUCGGGGUUGCGUCCGCCGCCGAGAGGAAAAAGCUCUACUUCAACGUGGUGCAGGCGCCGCAAGUGAAUCAAGUCGUUACCGUGGAGGGCGGCGGCGUGAACGCGACCAUCAUCACUCCGAACAUCGCCGCCACCAACGGAUUCGUUCAUAUAAUCGACAGGGUGCUCGGAGUGCCCUACACCACCGUGCUCGACAAACUCAGAUCCGACCCGAUGCUCAACUCGACCUACGUCCUGGGCCAACGACGCGGAUUCAACGAUCAGCUCAACGAAACGACGAAGCGAUUCACGUACUUCGCCCCGCGUGACAUGGCCUGGCGUACCGCGUCGACCAUGUACCCGUCGACCACUAAGAAACUCUUCAUGUCCGAGUUCAGUUAUCAUACAAAGCAGAUCCUGGAACGACAUCUCGUGAUAGCGGAUCAGGCGUUCACAAUGGCGAAACUGAAAGAGAUGAGCAACGACACCAUCCAGCUUCCGGCGGCCAGAGACACCCUCAAGCUUCGCGUCAAGGAGUUCAACGAAAAUGAGAAGUACGACGAAAACGCAAUCAGUCCAGAAACAUUCGUAUAUCAAGUGGAGUGGCAAGGCAAAUGGAUUCGAGUCUUUCGUCCGGACGUCGAGUGCACCAACGGCAUCAUUCACGUGAUCGACGGCGUGUUUCUGAAGGACAGUGACGUGCGGGUGACGGGCGGCGCGUCGCUAGCCACCGUCGCGCCCCAUCUGAUCAUGCUGCUGAUCGUCAAGUGGCAUCUGUAAAAUCUGACUCGCCAACACAAGCCGCGCGCAUCGUCUCGCAUCUCAUCCGGGGGGUGCGUGUAUGUAGCAAGUUUUUCUUGGGGCCGUCUCCGAUCGUCUCCUCGCGCGAGAAGAAGAGAAGCGGCGACGCGUAACCGCGCGAUCGAUCGUCCCGUUUUCGAUCGCGUCGCGGAAAGGACGCUCAUCGCACAGUGAACGAGGGGGGGAAAGGAAAUCGCGAGAGUCCGAAGAUCCCGGCGGGGCCCCCCGAGAAUCCGAAAAACCAAAGAAUCGAGGACAGUGUGACGGUAUCCGCGGGCGGCGAUGAUCGAAGGACGAAAAAAAAACGAGGAUGUCGAGGAGCCUCUUGCGGGUCUUCGGGAUUCGUUUGCGCGAACACGUGGCUCUAAAAAUAAUUGAAAAAAAAAAAAAAAAAAAAAAAAAAAAAAAAA